AUGCCACGCAUCAAGACCAAGCGCACCAAACCUGCGCCCGAAGGUUUCGAAAAAGUGAAGCCCACGCUUGUCGACUUCGAGUUGCAGCUUAAAGAGGUUCAGAGCGACAAGGCCUCGCGGCUCUCCGCGAAGGCAGAAGAGGGCGUUUGGAAAGUGUUCCAGAUAUCUCACGAACGCUCUCGCUACGUAUACAAUCUCUACUACAAGCGGCACGCGAUCUCGCGCGAGUUGUACGAGUGGCUGCUACGCGAGAAGUACGCGGACAAAACCCUGAUCGCCAAGUGGAAGAAAAAGGGCUAUGAGAAACUGUGCUGUCUGCGCUGCAUCCAGAGCACCGAGACCGCUCAGGGUACCACCUGUAUCUGCCGUGUACCGCGCUCCACGCUCGAGGAGAACAGCAAAGACGGCAAAGUCACGUUCCAGCGGUGCGUCCACUGCGGCUGCAGUGGAUGCGCGAGCACGGACUGA